GAUGACAACAUGACCAGUCCAUUCUAUCAAGGCCCUCUAGAGUACCUAGUUGGUGAAGAAACUGUGUUUGGUGGAUUGGUUUUUGCCAAUAUUGUAUUUUUACAAAAUUAUUCACCAUACAUGAGGCGAUCAUCAGUAAUAGCUAUUGAUGGAACAUUUGCUGUGCUUCCAAGAAUUCCAGGAGACAUGGAACAAUUGGUUACCAUUCAUGUACUUCUAGACAACAUAUCUAUUCCAGUAGUAUAUGCAAUACUGAACCAAAGGACUGAACUUGUAUAUUCAAGAUUGUGGCAAUUUCUAAGAUAUGACCUUUCUUUUGAUUUAUUAAAUUGGCAUGGGCUACAGGUCAUAACAGACUACGAGACUGCUCUUAGAAAUGCAACAAGAAGAGUUUUACCCGAAAGUCAGUUGAUAGGGUGCUGCUUUCAUUUUAAUCAGUGCAUAGUGCGAUUUAUUCAAACGCACAACUUGAUGGUAUUAGUGCGCAAUAACCCACACAUAGCAACUAUAGUCAGAAUGAUCAUGGCAUUGCCACACCUGCCACCAGAGAGAAUUGAAGAUUACCCCGAAAAUUUCCAUAUUCUUGGUGGGUUCUUGGAAGUACAAAGGUUAGCCAGGGACAUGAAUGUAGCUGAAAAUAUCACAGAGCUUUUCCACUACUUCCAGAAUUAUUGGAUGAAUACAAUUGGACCACAUGGUUUCUCUGUAUAUGGUGUCAAUAUCAGAACCAAUAAUUAUAUUGAAAGCUUCCAUAGCACCAUUCAGACAACAAUUGGCAGACAUCCACCGAUUUGGACCUUCUAUGAUCGAUUACGAUUGGUAGAAAGGAGAGUAAGGAGAGAAACACAGCAGAUUAUAAAUGGCCACCAGGUUCGGAGAGCAAUAUUAACAAGUAGAGACACCAAUAACCAAUUACUAACUGCUGCACUUCAAAAUGUCAGAAAUGGCCGAUACGACAUUUCAGCAUUCCUUCGACGAGUUGCUCACUCUGCAAGUGGUUACUGGGAUCAACAAAUUGGCCAUUUACCAACGGAUGAGCAAUUAAAUGAUCAACCACCAAAUGCAUUGGUACUUAGACCUCUUCAACCACCAAAUGCAUUGGUACUUAGACCUCUUCAACCACCACAAUGCCAGUCAGGACGUAUAAUGCGUGGUGCUGGAAGGGGCAAACAUCAAGCCCGGGUACAAUCUGCUGUUCGACCCCCUGUUUUACAUGCAGCAAGAGGCCAGAGACGCCGAGGACGUCCCAAUACUAGCAGAAGGCUCCCUCCUCAUCAGAGAUUAAAUGAAGAAGCAAUGGAAGACAACAUAAUGGAAGUUCUACCGGAACCAGAAAUCGAAGUUGUGCAUUUUGAAGUAGUUGAAGCACUUACAGCUGAAAAUGAACAUUUAGAGGAUGAAAAUUUUGAGAUCGUGGUGGUUGGAACAGAUGCUGAAGAAUUGAACAUCAUCAAUUUGGAGGAUCAGACAUUACCACAAAUACUAGGCGAGGAAUAUGAUCGUUGUUUUGUUUGUUGGCAACGCAGAGCUGUCGUUGUAGGUAUAAAUAUUGUUCUGCCAUGUGGACACGGGUGGUGUUGUGAUGUGUGUGCUCGGCGAUUGUCCAAAUGUCCCGUCUGCAGGGCAGAAUAUCCAAGAACCCUAAAUAUAAAUAUUAUGUUGACAAGUUUUAAUAACGACUCAUGGAUACGCAACAUUAACAGCCUUUUAGACCCGACAGGCAGUAACUGCAUUUGUUGUGGGAGGGCUUAUAGGGACGCCCAAAAUGGCUCAAGGUAUGUGUACCUAUAUUGUGGACAUGGAUGGAGGUGCAUGGAUUGUACAAUCUCACUUCCAUACAAUUGUGAAGUAUGUGAUGAUACUGUGGAUGGUGUUGCACAAAUGUUCAUAAGCUGA